UAUAAUACAACUUUAUACCAAGAGAGAGAGAGAGAGAAGCUUCAUUUCUCCAACUUCCCCAUAGACUAAAAACUCAAACAAAAAAGAAGAUGAUGGCGAACUCAACAAGCACAGGCAAAACCCAUGCCGGUUCCGACCUCAACUACGAUCGGAAAACCGAGCUGAAAGCUUUCGACGACACAAAAGCCGGUGUGAAGGGGCUAGCAGACUCCGGUCUAUCCAAAGUCCCUCGCAUUUUCAUCAACCAUCAACCCAACAAUCACAACGGUACGGACUCACACAAUAUCGAACUCAAACAUAGCAUUCCAGUCAUAGACCUCGGAGGCAUCCACAACGACACGAGUGGACGAGUCGAGGCGGUGGAGAGAGUGAGAGAGGCUUGUGAGAGGUGGGGUUUCUUUCAAGUUGUGAAUCAUGGGAUUGAGAAGAGUGUGAUGGAGGAGAUGAUUGAAGGGGUGAGGAGGUUUAAUGAGCAAGAGACGGAGGUGAAGAAGAGGUUUUAUACAAGGGAUGUGAUGGGGAAGAAGGUGUUGUUUAAUACUAAUUUUGAUCUGUUUAGUGCUCCGUCGGCCAAUUGGAGGGAUACCCUUGCUUGUAUUAUGGCUCCUCACCCUCCUCACCCUGAAGAAUUGCCUGAGAUUUGUAGAGAUGCAGUGAUAGAAUACUCGAAGGAAGUGAUGAAAUUGGGACACACUUUGUUCGAACUGAUGUCGGAGGCUCUAGGGCUGAACCCAAACUACUUGAAGGACAUGGAUUGUUCAGAUGGGAUCCUACUAAUGGGACAUUACUACCCAGCUUGCCCUGAACCAGACCUAACUUUAGGGGCUAGUAACCAUUCAGACAGUGACUUCCUCACAGUACUCUUACAAGACCAAAUGGGUGGGCUUCAAGUUCUUCAUCAGAAUCAGUGGAUUGAUGUUCCUCCCAUGCCUGGAGCUCUAGUCAUCAACAUUGGAGACCUCAUGCAGCUAAUCACUAAUGACAAGCUCAAAAGUGUGAAUCACAGAGUGCUUGCAAAGCAUGUAGGACCAAGAAUAUCAGUGGCAUGUUUCUUUAGACCCCAACUUCACGCUGAAAAUGCCUUGAAAUCUUAUGGACCCAUCAAGGAGUUGAUCUCAGAUGAAAAUCCCCCACUCUACAGAGAAACCACUGUUAAGGACUUCCUUGCUCACUAUUACUCAAAAGGGCUUGAUGGUGUUCCCUCUUUACUCCAUUUGAAGUUGUGAAGAGCUUAGGCACGAGAUUUUCUAUAUCUAAUUUUUUUUUUUUUUUUUUUUUUAUCUUUUUGUUUUAAUGUAUUAUCAGUCAGAAGAUUAUGGUUUUGUUUGAUACACUUUAUAAGG